UUAUCGGGUGAUAACGACAAGGAUCAGAUACACACACAAUCUUUGUGUUUAUUGACGCGAUCGAUAUACAUUAUAACCAUAAUGGCUGAGUGUAAAAGUAAUAUAAAUGAAAAAGAAUUAGUAAAGAAACUGUUGUGUCAUCCAUGCUUGUAUAAGGAUAAAAAAACGGACGCAAUUUUUUUUUGUCGAACAUGUAAUGAAUUUCAAUGUAAGAAUUGUUCAAAAGUUCAUGAAACACAUACCUUCCUAAGGAGUCACACAUUAGUGAAUGCGAAUGAAGCAGAUACGGGACAAACCUCGUUUGAUAUGAAAGGAAUAGAUCAAUGUAUCCAUCAUCAGAAAGUUAUAGAAUUCUUUUGUGAAGAUGAGGAAAAGCUUUGUUGCAGUACUUGUGCUAUUGUUAAUCAUCGUAAAUGUCAAAGUGUUGUAGACGUCCAGACGGUUGUCGAACAAUCAAAGCGUAAAAAGUCAAAUGUUAAAGUCAAAUUGCUGGAAGUGAAACAGAAGGCAGAAAUUAUCAGCAACAGUGUUGCCUCCUCUAAAAGGAAACUGGAAGAAGAUAUUCAAAAUAUACCAGUAAAAAUAAAGAAAAGGCGGGAUGAAGUGAACAAUAUGUUUGAUGAGUUGGAGCGGUCUGUUGUUAAAAACGUUGACUCAUACAAGUCAGAAACAUUUGGAAAGCUCACAAAGAAGCAAAUACAGAACGAUAACUAUUUAGCCAAUAUAUCAACGUGUCUGGAUACAAUUGAAAACGUGAAUCAGAACGGAACUUCAGUUCAGCAGUUUAUAGUGGAGCAAAAAAUGAAGGAAGAUAUCAAUGUUCUUUACAAAAAAGUCAAUGCAGAGUGCAAAGGCUUAGAAACCAUGACGGUGAACUUUGAGUUUGACGAAACACUUAAACUUCCACCUCUACCUAUCUCUGUUCAUGUUCCGGGAUAUCUUACAUUGAAGUCACAUCUGCCAGAAGCUGCAAGCACUAUAGCACCUGAGAAGAAGGCAAUAAAACUGACACCAGUAUGUACCAUUGAUUUAAUGCAGGACGAAGGAAAAGAGCCCUUUUAUAAAGGGAUAGAUUUUUUGCCUGAUGGUAGACUGGUUGUUGUAGAUAAUAAGAAUAAGAAAUGUUUGGUGUACAAUACAAAGCUUGAAAAACUAGGAUCGUUUCAGUUAUCUUCGAUACCACAAUCAGUUGUUGCUGUAUCUGAUGAGAAAGUGAUGGUUACGGGAGGUCGAUCAUAUAAGUUAGACAUAUUACGUGUGGAUAAAUCAAAUGAAAUAAUGUUAGAUAGAUCUUUCACAAUGACAACAAGAUAUGACUCGGUAUGCAUUAAAGAUGAUGAACAUUUUGUUGGAGUGACUAUCGAACAUCCACGACCAGUUCGUAUUAUAGCAACAACAGGUGAAGAGAAAGAUUUCAAUAUCAACUUUCCGAGCAAGACAUACCCCUUAGGAGCAAGUGCUUGUACUUACAUUAGAAAUAGUGAGAAAGUGGUGCUCACAGAUAGAUACGACCAUACUGUCUACAUAUAUGAUAUCAAGACAAACACGAGAGUCGUAGUAAAGAAUGACCUGAUAAAGGAGCCCUGUGGUGCUGCAGUUGGUCCCUUUGACACUAUCCUUGUUUGUAGCCAAAACACUAAUUCCAUUGUACAGAUCUCUCAAACCGGUCGGAUCUUAUCAUCAUACAUCACAGACUUGAAAUUUCCAACAACAAUAUGUGUGUCACGUGACAAAUCAUUUCUUGUUGUAUCAAAUGCAUAUAAUUUGGAGAGAAAACUACAGAAGUUGAAAAUAACAUAUUGAUCACGUUGUCAGAUAUUUAUGGUUUCAAUUCGACAAAAUUGUAUCAGAUUUAGCAAUAGAUAUCACCAUGUUCUGAUUACCUACUAUGAAUAUAGUGUAAUGAUUUAUACUACAUACUGAAUGAUGCCAAGUACUUGGUAGCUUUCUGUUUAAACAACUUAGAAACUAGUAACGUUAUAGGUGCAAACGCGUGUGCAUGCAAAUUGUUCGAUUCAUAUGUCUAUCCGCCUUUCUCGUGUAUACAAACGUGCUUGUGAACAUAAAUUUGUGCAACAGUACCAGUGUGUCUGCGUGCGCGUUUGUGUGCGCGCAUGUAUGUGUGUGCGUCUGUGAGUGUUGUUGUUGUUUGUUUUUUUUGUUGUUUAACGUUUUUAAUUUUAUUACUUUAUAUGGUAGAUCAAUUACUAUUAUAGUUAAUUCAGAACUGUAUUUGCUCUAUAAUUAUACGAUAAUUAACUGUGCAUGUUCAUAGAUAAGAAAUUGAUUUUAGUGUAAAUAUUCGCUUUUGCAUAAUAAAUAAAUUUCCAUCAAUCUGUUAUGAUUUAACAAUUAACAAAUGAAAUAGGCAAAAUGUGGCCUAUUGUCAAAUGUAUAUGGCUCUCUUCAAUGACAUUAUUGGUAAUAACAUAACUUUGGUAAUAACCAUGGGUCAUCAUAGUGAAUCAGG